AUGGGCAAGGGCAAGCGCAAGCGAGAGAAGCGCGAGGUGAGGUCUGAGGCGUGUGAUUUCUUGCUUGAGCUCCUCUCUGACGGACCGGAUCUUCGCACGGCUAUUCUGGACCUCUCCCCCAGCGUCGGUUGGAGAGGAGGUCGCAAGCAGCCGCAGUGCACGUAUCGUAUCUGCAAGGACUUCCUUGAGUCGUGGGUGGCUGCGGAGAAGGGGGCGUCCAAAGAUCUGGAAACCGGCCUGCGAAACAAGGCUGAGGGGUUAGAGUUUGUAAAGAAUCUCAUGCGCGAUGUGCUCUUCGGAUCGAAGGAUGAGGCCUUGCAGAAGAAAUACGCUGAGCUGUGCGAGCCGAAGCUGACGGACGCAGAGCACCGAGAGAUGGUGGAUCGGAUCGCAGCCAGAAAAGAGGAGGACGCGGAGAAGACCACGCCUCAG